AUGUAUCACGCUAGUUCAAAUCUACAGAAUAAUUCUAAAUGUCCCACGAUCAAAUAUAACAAAAUAACUCUAAAGUUAAACUCUUUCUCUUUCAUUAUCAACACGUGCUAUUUAAAGUCUAUGCUCAAGCUCUAUCCUUUUCAACUUCAACCGUUUUUAGUGGCUGUUUAUUCUUUCUUUCAGUAUCAAUAUUUUUUAAAUCAGAAAUCAAUCAUUGGGGUUCUUGUCUAUUCAUUCUUUUUCAAUAUCGAAACAUUUAAAGUUACAAAACAAGCAUUGGGGUUUUUGUCUAUUCCUUCUUUCUCAGUAUCGCCCCAUUUUACGUCACAAAUCAAACAUUGGGUUAUGUUAUUCUCUGUAAAUACGAUUUUUAAAUUGGUCUAA